AUGUUGCUCGCCGCCCCGUUCAUGGAACACCAGCAGCAGCUACAUGCGCAUCACCAGCCGACACGGAACUUCGGCAAGCCGGGCCCUGUGGAGAGCGCUGUAGAGCAUGAAGAACCGACUUCUGACUUCAUGCUCGCCGCCGCCGGCCGUGGCGAUGAUGACAACGAAAACGGCUCGUCUACCCUACCGCCAUCGCCGCCAUCACCCCCGCAGCAGCACAUGCUAGCCCCGCCAGACUUCCCGCCUUCCGCCGCGGCCGCCGCCGCCGCAACAUCCCCCUCUCCCGCCUCCGCUGCCGGCCCGCCCACUCGCGUGGUCUUCCCUGCUGGGAGGUCCGCGGCGGAUGGAAACGCGGCGUUUGAAGCUAUCUCCAACAGCAGACCAAGCGGGGGCGGCGGCGCCUCCCUGUUCCACCCGGGGUUCGAGCGGCCCUCGUCGCACCACUACCACCACCACCGCCACCACCACCACCACCAGCACCUCCACUUCGCAGCCAGCAGGCAGUUCGGCGGCGGGGGCGGGAACGGCCCCUACAGUGGGGGCGCGCACGGCGGAGGCCACCACGGCGAGGACGACUUCGAGUUUCUGCGAACGAUUCUCCUGGACGCCGGCAGCGGCACCGGCCACGCCGCCCACAACAGCGCCCUCCCGCCCCUCGGGGCCGCCGGGUACAUCCCGGUCUCGGCCGCGGCGGCCGCGGCGCACGCCGCCGUCGCCGCUACGGACGCCCCCUUCGCCCCCAUGAGCGCCGCGAAGUCGAGCCUGUUUAGCGCCGUUUCGUCCUCCCCUCUGGGGGCUCAUCACCCCUCCCCGCCCUCGCCCUCCUACGUUGGCGGCGGCGGCGGCGGCGGCGACAGCGGUAGUCUUUCCUUUGGCGCGGCGGCAUCAGGUGGCAGCGGUCGCUACGGCGGCGGUGGAGGCGGCAACCAGGCGGUCGAAGGGCCCGGGGGUUACCACAAGAACGGGGCGGGCGGCUACCAUGUGACCGAGGAGGAGAGGCUUCAGGCGGCGGACGAUGUCGCGCGGUGCAUCUGGCUCGCGGGAGACGAGCUCCGCGAGAUCCUCCUAGCGCGCCUCUUCGACCUGUGGAGCACGGUGGAGGCGGAGAUGGUGUCCUACGCCGACGGUACCGCCGCCGCCAGCGGCGGCGGCGGUGCCCCGCGCAAGAGCUUCAACGAGGUCCUCGUGGAGCGGCUGCAGGCGACGUGCCAGGCGGUUGAGGCCGAGCUGAAGGCGGCCAAGGCUCGCGGCGACGACACCGCGUUCUGCAACCCGCCGCAGCACCACUGGCGCGGCUCGGGCGCCCUCCGGGGAGACGUGCUCUCGAGGCUGGAGGCCUACCGCAGGGAGAACGAGGGCAACUGCGGCAUGCCCGGCAGCGGCCACGGGAGGUUUUCGAGCCUGAACUGCAUCGAUGACUUCGAGCGAGCAAACGCUCUUGCCCGCGGCGGCGGCGGCGGCGGGGGUCGCCACAGAGGAGGGCACGCGGGGGGGGGGCUGGCGGAGGACGGCGCGGGCGACCUCAGGCAAGGGUUAGAAACGGCUAUAGAGGUCACGCGCGGAGCGGUCAAGUCUGAGCUCCUCAUGUUCGGGGACGACGAGCCGGCGCAGAGAAACGCCGCCGCCCACCCCGCCAGAUCAUCCUCCAAGGCCGGCGGCGCGGACCGACGCAGCGCUGCAGCUGCCGCUGUUGCUCCGACUGCACGCGGAGGGGGCCCGGCAGAGAGAAACGCCAGCAAGAGGCCCGCCGGAGCAGCCGACAAGAGCGGCAACAAGAAGAGAAAGAGGUCCGGGAACGGACGGCGGUGCAAGCACGAAGGCUGUCUGCUGCACCCCCAUUUCGGGCUGACUCGUCCGGAGUACUGCUCGAAGCACAAGCUUCCGGGCAUGUUCAAUGUGAAAGGGAGGAGGUGCAUUCACCCCGAGUGCACGCGGACCCCUGUCUACGGACGGUCCGGCGACCCGCACCCCACCUUCUGCGCCGCCCACAAGCCGCCCGGGUACGUGGACAUCAAGAACCCCACGUGCCGGGAGCCGACCUGCUUCCGACAGCCCAGCUUCGGGUCCGCAUCCGACAGGAAGGCCACCUACUGCGCCAGCCACAUGCUGAGCGGGCACGUCAACGUCCGCCGCAUGCUGGCGUCCUUCAAGUCGGCCGCGUCCGCUAGCAGCAGCGGCGGCAAGAAGCGUUAGGCGGGGAAGGAAGGAGAACCGGAGGAGGUAGACCUUUUUUUUUCCCCGUCCGGAGGAUUUCGUCCGGAGCUAGAGAGAGCUGUUGUUGGGGCGGGGCUGGAGGGAGGAGAGGGACAAAUCAUUUUUUUUUAUCAUCCACCCCUUUCGCCGUAAAGGAGCGCGGGAGAGUGUAUGGCGUGGCGUAACCGAAGAAGAGAUACUUCGGUAAGUAUUUAAUCGUGGGAUAACAACGAGGCGUGUGCCUGGCUAACGCCGGCGGGAGGGGGGCGGGGGCGAAAUUUCUGACAGUCGUUUUUUCGCGGACGGGCGGGUGUAAGGGUAGAUUGAGAACGUUCGUUGUCGUUCGGGUGUUCGGCGCUACUGUACGUGUUUCUACGUUCGUGCUGUAGUGGGCUCGCCCGGCUUUGGGUGCACACGUGUGUCGGCCUUUCAUCCGUGUCAUGCAGUAGUUGUUCGCUUUCAAGUGUUGUCGGGGGGGGGGGGAGAGGAUGUAUGUGUGUUUGUGAUGGGCGUCUGCAGCGGGUAUUUGUCUCGCUUGCUCGCUUGGUUUUUCGCAUCCCGAUUCGACAGCAGUCAAUCAGUCGUCUCGCCCUGUUUUCCUCUGCAAAAGUGAUGCUGCAUAGAUCCACGAGGAAGGCCUGUAUCAUAGGGGUUCUGUAUCACACGCUGAUUUUUUGGGGGAUGCACGUUACGGAAGAUAUUACCGGGUGGUCCGUGCCCAUCUUCGUGUUGUGGCCGGAUGCCACCGCGGUAGGGUGGCAUCGUGUAUUAUGAGGAUCUCCAUUUGUUGUUUAUUGUCUUGUGUGUUGGCUUUUUCGAUCGAUGGUUAUGGUUACAAAACAUGUCAUUCGUACAGUAGUGUUGUGGUUGUCUGUUUUAGCGUAGCGGUGCCAUCGAUGAAUACGGUAUUUUUUGUCUCAUUUUUUCCAUGGUUGUUUCCCCCAUUUGUUGUCUGCAUAGAUAUCUUCCCGGUAGAGCACGGCCCCCGCGCCGGCUUCGUACCGAAGGCGCCUAGAAACGCGGUCGCUUCAUUCAAGCUUUGCGUGUACCAUACCAUCGGCAGCAGCCAGGGCGAAAACGUUCAACGCCUGUGACCGGUGCUCUGGCGAGACGCUGCCAGUAGAACGUACAUUCGACUGCUGUUGUGCAUAAACGGUGUGGCCAGCGCCGCGGGGGGCGCGAGCGCGCCCUUGUUGGUGUAUUACUUGUGUCCGGUGCCAGCGUGGGUGGUUUGUUGUGUGGGUUUGCUGUCCCUUUCGCCUCCGGACCCUCGGAGCUUUGAGGGACGUCGUUGAGGCGUUACAGGCGGGGACGGGUAAUCGCAGCAUCGUUGUCGUUUUGUUUCAUGUGUGUGAAGCCUCGAGAGUCGCAAAGACAAGAAAAAAAAAAAAAACGAGUGAGGGAGUGCGGCGCGCGCGAGCGCGCGCAGCCGCACGCGGAGUGGUUCGGGUUGAAUACCCUGUGUUUUUUCGCAAGCAAGUGUCAUAUGCCUGGUAAGAGCAGACUAUCCCGUUGUUGUCUUGGUUGUUGUUUCGCUGCUUUGGGUGUGGGAGACGGAAAAGGUUUCACUCUCAAGGUGCAUAGGGCAGCAUGCGUUCUACUGCUACAGUAGUAGACCAAUGUUUUGUCGUAACUUAAGAGGUGGUUCCCAGUCGGUGUCGAUGGGACAUUGUUGAAGGUUGUCGGCUCAGCCCGCCGUUUUGGCAGUCGAGUGAUAUCGCUACCCGGUUGCACUUGUUUUUAAUAUUUGUCCGUCUCGUAUUUAUGGGUGUGCCUGCCUCAGGGCACAUGUUUUGCGCUCGGAGGAGGAGGUUUCGGGGAAGUCCUGAAGUUUGCGGGGGGGGGGG